AUGGCGCAGGUCCCACGAGAUGCGGACUCUUUCUAUGUACAGGACUGUCGACAGGUGCAGAACAACACUCAUUCGAUCCAGACGCUGACUGGGCAAAUCUCCCGCCUGGUCGGAACGAUGGAAGCUGAGAAGGAUUUCCAGCACUGCCGUAAGAUGGUUGACGACGCAGUGCGCCAGGCUUCGGAGACGAAGGCGAUCUUAGCCCGAAUCCGGGAGCAUCAGCACCAGGCGCAAAACACAGCCGAGCGCAACAACCGCCGGAUGAUGUACCAAAAGCUCUCGGACAAUUUGGCCAUCACCGCACGAGUGCUGGAGGACGUGGUGAGGCGCUUCACCGCCGAGGAGCGCCGACGUGUGGGCGGCAGCGGUGGGGUCUUUGAGGCCCCGGGCAUCGCCGCGGCAGAUGUCGCCGGGGGCAACGACCAGAAGCCCCUUCUUUCCACGGGAGAUCAGAUGGACACGGCCUUGCAGACCGACAAAGUGCAGACUCUGCGCAAAGUGGACGAGGACAUGCUUUGCCUGCAGCGCAUCUACACAGAUCUGGCCACAGCCGCUGAAGAGCAAGCCUCCAGCUUUGACACACUGGAGAGUCACAUGGCUCGUGCUUCCGCGGACAUCGAACGCGGAAGGGAAGAGAUCGAGUACACAGAGAGAUACAAUUUCAGCGCGCGGCUGAAACGCAGGAUUUGGAUUGGCGCUGCGGGGCUUGGCACAGUCAUCCUAGUGACCUCGUUCCUUGGCUCCUGA